AUCGUGCAAGUUUGCAAGUCUUUUCAUAAUAUCUGUACAUGUUCGAUGUGUUUGCAAGCAGUACAGAUCAUAUCGAAAUGACACAUUCCUGAACAGACUGUCAACCGUUGUUUUUGUCCCAAAGCCACAUGUGGGGGCCAGGCAAAGUAAACACCAGACAAAAAAUGGCAAAACAACAACAAUCCAAACCAACCUGGGCCACCACCUCACCACGAGUUCUCGGUUUGCUACGACCACGAAUACUCAUUGCGCUUGGUUGCGCAUUAACAUUAUUAUUGUCUGCAUGUUUACUAGUGCUUCGAUUCCAGAAUCAGAGCUACGCUCUUCAACUACAGCUUUUCCGACCGAGUCGAUACUUUGAGAAAGAGUGCUAUGCGGCCGGUGAAUCAGCCACCGAUCGCUUACAACAUGGGUCGACUGAGAUGAGCAACGGAGAAUGGGAGUUCGUUGCUAGUCGCGAUGCGAAUAAUUAUGCCUUGAAUUCGGAACAAUGUCUGGCGGCGUUUCCCAAGCUGUUUACGGAGAUUGAUAAGAGCGUUGAGCAGCGGAAAGAGACAAAUAACCCCAUCACAUUCAAGGAGAUCGAUUCAAGGAAGACACUGGGUCAGGGUAUGGCGCGGGCGAUGAUUUACAAGGGAGAGCUAUUCAUUAUCGAGUACGGCGACAUGAUGUACACUGCUUCACGGGCAAAAUCAACGCUACAUUCCCUUCACCGCGCCUUAGUUGCCACGCCCGACCGUGAAUCUCUUCCGUCCAUCGAAUUCCACUUCUCCGCCGACGACUUUGUCUGGGACGACCUCAAACUGGCAGGCGGGCCGGUGUGGGCGUACUCCAAGCGCGACACCAGCGAUAUUGACGAAGAUGCUGUCGAUGAUAGUAACAUAUGGCUGAUGCCCGAUUUCGGAUACUGGGCCUGGCCCGAAGUCGAUAUUGCGCCGUACCGCGAAACGCGCCGUCGCAUUGCAGCUGUCGAUGCCGAGUUCAAGACUUUCCAAUCGAAAAAGAAACAAUUGCUCUGGAGAGGAAGUCUGAACACAGCAGCCGAGCUACGAAACGGAUUGAUUGACGCUACAAAGAACAAAUACUGGGCUUCUGUACGAGUAGUGGAUUGGGGAAAUAAGAAGAGUGUGGAGGAGAAUCUACUUCCGAUCGAGGAUCACUGUCGCUACAUGUUUUUGGCUCAUACCGAGGGACGCUCAUUUUCCGGGAGAGGGAAAUACCUCCUCAAUUGCCAUUCCGUCUUUAUUACCCACCCCCUCAUCUGGCGUGAAGCCCACCACGCAGCUUUCGUUUCAUCCGGCCCCGAGGCAAACUACAUUGAAGUUGCAAGAGACUUUUCAAAUUUAGAAUCAAAAGUGGAAUAUCUGCUCGACAACCCACAGAUCGCGGAACGUAUCGCCAAUAACUCCGUCACAACUUUCCGUGAUAGAUACCUCACCCCGGCAGCUGAAGCGUGUUACUGGCGGUAUCUGAUACAAAAAUACGGCGAAGUCUCGGAUUUUGAGCCUAAGCUUUAUGACGAUCGAACGGGGAAGAUGAGAGGACAACCUUAUGAACAAUGGGUUCUAGGAUUGUAG